ACGAAAACAGGCGGUGCGCGCGAGCGGGCCGUCCAGCGGGGCGGUGUGACCCAGCCGGGUGCCGUGACCAGGACCGGGCGGCGCAGCGUCCGACAGGAGCGGUGACCGACGAUCGGACGGUGACCUGACCGCGCCGCCUGGCCCCAGCCCGCCGCCAUGCGGCGCAGGUGACGCCCCCGUCGGCCCAGCUAGAGCCGCGUGCGCAAACUAGCGGUCGCAGGAGGAACCGACAUGAACGACAGUCCGUACGCCAUGUACACGGCGGAGGCCGGGCCGCAGCAGCAGGAGCCGCUGCGGCAGGAGCCCACGGUGCCCGUGCCGGCCGGAGCGCGGCCCUUCGUUGACGUGGACGCGACCGGCGAGGUGGAUCCCAACGCUUACCCCGAGCCCAAGGACGGCACACACAAGGUGCGAGGAAAGUCGGACCUGCUGCACAUGCUCUUUGACACGGCCAACCAGGACCUGGUCAUCUCGAAGGCGUUCUACUUCUGCUUCUACAGCGCGUUCGGCUCACUCUUCCCGCUGAUGGCCGUUUACUUCAAGCAGAUGGGCAUGAACGCCGGCCAGUGCGGUAUCCUGAUCGGGGUGCGGCCGUUCGUCGAGUUCCUCUCCACGCCCUUCUGGGCCGGACUGGCUGAACGGUAUCGCAAGGGCAAGAUGAUGCUGCUCGCAGCGCUGUGCUGCUGGAUCUUCUUCACCAUGAUGCUCAGCUUCUGCCAACCCGUAGCUACGGCUUGCAUCGUCUUCAACAAGACCCACGGCGACUACAUUAUCGAAGACAAGAAGAUCUCCAAACGCAGUGUGGACCUGCUGGAGGAGACGGUGCCGGCUCUGCCGGCGGUGGAGACCCUAGAGACACCGCUGUACCUGCAGCUGGUGGACGACACGGAGUUCGGGACUGGACGGAGCCGGCGACGCCGUGACAUCGCCAUCGACCGCAGCCAUAUCAUCGGACAGUCACCGCGCGCGAUGACAUUCGUCGUCAACUACGACAAGAGUAAGCACGACACGCUCCGCACUCCGCCGUUCUCCAGCAUCGUGUACAACGUCAAGGACAUCCAGAAGGUGUUCUUUCUGACGUUCCUGCUGGUGACGCUGGGCGAGUUUUUCUCGGCGCCGGCCAUCACGCUGGCCGACUCGGUCAUCCUCAGUUACUUGGGUGACGACACGGACCACUACGGCCGACAGCGCAUGUUCGGCUCCAUCGGCUGGGGCCUUGCCAUGUUCUUCGUGGGCAUCGCGCUCGACCACAGCACGUCGUUCCCGAACCACCCGUGCGAGCCGCACUCGGGUGAGAGGAACUACACCAUCUGCUUCGCCACCUUCUCCGUGCUCAUGGGCUGCGCGCUCAUCACGGCCACCCAGUUCAAGUUCGACUACUCGCACGACCAGCAGCCGGAGCAGGAGCCGACGGCCGAGGAGAAGUACGAGGCGUCUGUACCGCCCGUCAAGGACUGGCAGAAGCCGCAGCCGGAGCCGCAGCAGUCGCAGCGCGAGGCUAUCCGGGAGGCCAUGAAGAGCCUGCCGCAGCUCAAGAGCCGCGUGUUUGCCAACACCAUGAUGAAGAUACCGGAGUGGACUGCCGUCUUCAAGCAGCUGAAGAACGUUCGCUGCAUGGCCUUCCUGUUUGUGGCCUGGUGGAUGGGCAUCGGAAUGGGUCUCAUCUUCGCUUUCCUCUUCUGGCAUCUCCAGGACUUUGGAGGAACCCCAACGGUGUUCGGAGUAGCCUCAAUCAUCAACCACAUCUCGGAGAUUUUCGCCUACUUCUUCUGUUUCCGUUUGAUUAACCAGUACGGUCACGUCAAGAUUCUUUGUCUGGGGCUCGUAGCCAAUGUACUGCGAUUCUUGUACAUUUCCUGGCUGAGAAACCCCUGGUGGGUGCUGCCCUUCGAGCUUAUCCAAGGCAUCACUCACGCUUCGACCUGGGCGGCGUGCGUCUCGUACCUGAAUCACGCCGUGCCCGAGCACAGGCAGUCGGCUCAGGGUGUGCUGCAAGUCAUCCAGCAUGCGCUCGGCAAGGGCAGUGGCGCCAUCUUUGGUGGCAUCGUCGUCAACUAUAUCGGCUCUCAGGUGACGUUCCGCAUUUACGGCUUUCUCUCGCUGUUCGUCUUGGCGCUCUUCAUCUUCAUCAAUUUCUACAAGAGGGACACUGGCUUCCAGACGAAUCUGGACCCUAGUGAAGAUCCACGCCAGAUGGCGGACGAGGGCGGCGCGCUGGCGCCACACGGCGUGCCGGCCAGCCCGAUGCCGCGCGCGCUCUCUUCCUCGCGGCUGCACGAGCAGGACCCCGGCUACGGCUCCACCAACUACCAGGCGCAGGACGGCACGCUGGCGCCCCCGGGAGGGACCAACCCCUUCACUGCCGGAGGCCAAAACACUGCAGGCUUCCCGGGCGGAGGCAACGGCGGCUACGGAUAUGCGUCGCUCAAGUCCAGCAACCCGUACAACCCGUUCUUGCAAUUCAGCUGUGACGAAGAAAAGCUGCGUCUGGACAGCGUGGUCACGGAGAAAGAUCAGCUUGACCAGAAGGACUAUACUUUCAAGCCACCAAAUUUCAAGGAGUGGAGCGACACCUACAACAGGCAGCUGCGGGACGGCAUGGUGGUCAAGGCGCCCGAGCCGGCUAUGGUGUACCAUGCGCCGCAGCCAGCGACCAACGAAGAGCCUGACUACGCCUGGUAGGCGAUGGCCAGGCUCACCCCGGCGACGGUCUGUGACGUCACUGGAACAGCAGGCCCGGAGACCGACGCAGGAACGGCACAGUGCGCGGCGAAGAGCUGGCACGCGCUGGCCGCGAAAGAGAAUCCAGACAUUCCCUCAGGGGAAAUUUGCUUACGUCAAUAUCAUAACGUGUGAUGUACCUACUCAGAGCGUUGGUGGUGUUAGGGCAUACGUCGGCCGCAUGCGUAUGUAGUCUAGAGCCGUAUGCUUCGGUAUGUUUCGUUCCCGGCGGGGACGAGUGUGUCAUAGUUUCGCGCCCGGCGCCCGCCCCUAAACGCUUACUAGGACGUGCCGUGCUCCGGCACACGCCGGAUCUCUGGACAAAACGCGGCUCCGGAGCCGCCGCCCUCACCUCCCCACGCGUGGCGCGCGGAGGGUGCGUGUCGGCCGGCCAGACUCCCAGAUGACGGCAGACAGGGCUGCUCCAGCCCGGCAGCAGUAAGCAGCGGUGGGGCGUCGGUAUUCCGUUCCAUGUGCUGUGGUGACUCGUGACCAGGUGUCGAAGCGUGCGGGCAUGCCGCCGUCACUGCUCCGCUGCACUGGUGGCCGGCUCUGGUGCCGCCCAGCCGUCUAGCCGCCCAUCCCCGCUCACCCCGGCUCCUCAGCGCGUCCUUGGCACCGCCCCGCCCACCCGGCCUCACCCCGCCUAGCAAUAACGAUCUGCUCAGCCGACCACCGUCCGGGCCGGACCCCGGCGCGCCAGCCCCGCCCACACGCGGAGCUCGCGCGGGGGCCGGCGCGCGGCGGCCACCAUUGUUUGUGAGCGUGGCGAGGGAUGCGCACUGGCUGCAGACAGUACCUCGGGACGGCGCGAGAAGCAGGCUUCCCGACAGGCAGCAGCUGACAGGUGCUGAUAUGCACUCAUAACGCAUUUGCGACUUUCCGCCAUGACAUCAUUGCUGUCUGGGCAUCUGUCGAUGCCGUUCUCGUGAUUUGCGUUGCAGCUGUCAAACUUUCAAACGCUCUUGGAACGCUGACAAUGGUAGUGCACUGCCGUCACCAAGGCGGUGAAAUCUUUGUUUGAAGCGGCUCAUUGCCAACCUACGCUACUGCAAGGUCAAUGUCUGUCUUUUCCAAAAGGCCCACAAAAGCUACUUACACAUGGGAAAGGUCGGCUCUGUUUUGCCGGCUCACCCUGCAAAAUUACGAUUUGCCUGUAUUUUGCUAGAAUAAUAGCGUCAACUCGAAUCGUUCCCACCAUGAAGGGAGCAAAGCCAACUCGGAAGACUAUGCCAUAUUGAAAAUUUUGGGUAUGAGUCCCUGCUAGUGCUACACACAACGAGGAAUGAGCACUCUUCAAGACCACGGCGGCUUUCUCUCCCGGAAACUACCUAAACUGUCACUUGUCACUCGGCCUCCCACAUUCCGCCUGCCGGUAAUCAGUCUCCAGCUCUCCGCUAGCAUUCGAGGCCUGGUCCGACGGGCGCUGGCCUUGGUUGCGGAUGGCCGCGGAUGGCUCGGGCUGGAGCGACACGCGGUGCGGCCGCUCGGGCUGGGGCGACACGCGGUGCGGCCCCAGCCCGUCCAGACCACCCGCGCUCGAGGGGUGAGCCGCCGACAGCGCAGGGCGGCCGCUCGGGCUGGGGCGACACGCGGUGAGGCCCCAGCCCGUCCAGACCACCCGCGCUCGAGGGGCGAGCCGCCAACAGCGCAGGGCGGCCGCUCGCACCGCCCGCCGGGCUCCGGCUUGCCCCUGGUCUGUGUGCGCGCGUGCAGACGUGUGUCGUGUGUGAGCUACUACCGCUACCCGGCGUGAGGCGUAGAACAAUAGCGUAGCGCGUGUCGGCCGAUUGCGUUGUCAUUGAUAUAUGAAACAAUACAUUCUAGAUGGUUCAGUGUAA